GAACCCUAUUGAGUAACGCAUCCUUUCGUCACACAAUGUCGCAGCCGCAUCACGCUACCCUUGAGUCAAUUAAGUACACACCAGGCUUUUUGCGCUUGCUGGAUCAGCGCAAGUUGCCGCUGGAGACUGUCUUCGACGACGUCCUCACGGUGGAGGAUAUAUGGACCGCCAUUAAGGAGAUGCGCGUACGCGGCGCUCCAGCCAUCGCCGUCAGCGCCGCCCUCGGCAUUGCCGUCGCCACUCAAAACAAAGUGAAGGAUGGCGAGCUGCGGACCGGGGCGGAGGUGCAGUCAUUUCUCUUAGAGAGCUGCGACUACGUCAUGACGAGCCGGCCAACCGCGGUGAACCUUUUUAACUGCCUGCGUGAUUUGAAGACGCGUAUUGCGACGUUCGACGUCACUCGUUCGCCUGCAGAGGUGGCAGCAGACUUCGCGGAGCUGGCUGAGGCCGUGUACGCCGCGGACGUGGCCUUCAACGAGGGCAUCAUGAAGUACGGCGCGGCGCACAUUCUCGCGGCGGCGCAUAAAGAGGGCCGCGACACGGUGAACGUGCUGACGAUCUGCAACACCGGCGCGUUGGCUACGUCGCGCUACGGCACGGCCCUCGGCGUGGUGCGUCAGCUGCACUACGAUGGCAAGCUGGCGCAGGUUUACGCGUGCGAGACGCGGCCGUGGAACCAAGGCGCCCGUCUGACCGUCUACGAGUGUGUGCAGGAGAGCAUCCCGUGCACGCUCAUCUGCGAUGGGGCAGCAUCUUCGUUGAUGAAGAGCCGAAAGAUUGACGCGGUAGUGGUCGGGGCGGACCGCAUCUGCCAGAACGGAGACACCGCCAACAAAAUCGGCACCUACAACCUCGCGGUGGCGGCACAAUUUCACGGGGUUAAAUUCUACGUCGCGGCCCCCACGACGACGCUCGACGCGAUGACGCCGAGCGGCGACCACGUCGAGAUCGAAGAGCGCGAGACGACGGAGAUCACGACGAACAUGGUGACGAAGCAGCGCGUGGUGGCGGAUGGGCCAAACCUGACCAUCUGGAACCCUGUCUUUGAUAUCACGCCAGGUGCGCUGAUCACGGGCGGCAUCAUCACAGAGAAGGGCGUGCAGGAGCCGGCUGUACUCGCAAAUGGAGCGUACUACGACAUCGCCGCGAUCAUCGCCAAGUGA